AUGGAUGAAAAGAAAACAGAUAUCGAGACCACGACAGUGGCAACCCCAACAGAAGGGGAAAGUAACCUUGGAAGCAUCGAUGAGGCGGAAGUGUUUGUCACGGGGGCGGAUGGAGUCAACUUUCGCACAGUCGGCUGGAUCAGAGCGUCCAUGUUCUUCUUGAAGAUGACCUUUGCCUCCGGGGUGCUCUCCAUCCCCGCUGCACUUUAUAACCUUGGUGCUGGUGCUGGAGCCUUCUUCAUCGUCUUCUGGGGCCUCCUCAACACCUAUUGCGCCGUCCUCCAAGGCCAACUCAAGCUCAAACAUCCAACGGUGCACACUAUUGCCGAUAGUGCCCAUAUUGCGGCUCUUGAAAUGGGCUUCACGAAGAAGAAUGCUUGGGUUGCAAAAGAAAUCACCGAGUUUGUUUACCUUUUUACCUGGGUCUUAUGUGCCGGUGUCUCAACCCUCGGCCUCAGCAUCGCGCUCAACGCUGUCUCAAAGCAUGCAACUUGCAGUGUCACCUUCGGCUUCGUUGCGUAUUUUAUCGUAUCUUCAGUUGCCAGCAUCCGAAAGAUUCACGACCUUGGCUGGAUCACAUGGGUUGGGUUCGUCUCUAUAGUCACCGCGGUGCUCAUCGUGGUUAUUGCCGUCGGAAUACGAGAUCGCCCUGCUGCUGCUCCACAAACAGGAGACUUCGACCUCGGUUUCUCUGGCCUUGCUCCGGCAGGGACGACUUUUGCAACUGCCUGGUCAGCUUCUCUAGCAAUCUUCUCCUCUUCGGCAAACACCUCUGGCUUUGUCCCAGUGAUUUCGGAGAUGCGACGGCCGCAAGACUAUUUCAAGGCCGUAUAUGUCUGCAUGGCCUGGAUCACUUCGUCGUAUCUGGCAUUCGCAUUGACCGUCUAUGCCUACUGCGGCAAAUGGGUAGCCUCGCCGGCCUUAGGGUCGGCAGGCCCAACAAUUAAGAUCAUCGCGUACGCCAUUUCAAUCCCUGGACUCAUCGCUGGUACCAUGAUCUGCGUCCACGUCGCGGGAAAGAGUCUCUUCGUUCGCAUCUUGCGCAACACUCGACACCUGACCCAAAGUACCAAGACUCAUUGGGCGGUCUGGCUGUCCUGCACGUAUGGAACAGGCUUUCUUGGUUGGAUCCUGUGUGAGGCGGUCCCAUUCUAUGGCAGCCUGAUCUCUCUGGUUGGGGCUUUGGGCUUUGGGUACCUGGGCGUUUGCCUGCCAGCAAUAUUCUGGUUUGUCAUGAACAAGGAUGCCCGAAAAGGCUCCACUGCUCAGCAGAUCAUGUGGUAUGUGCAUCUGGGGAUAUUACUGACUGGUAUGCUUGUUACGAUCGGUGGCACAUAUGCCAAUGUGGUGAGCAUCAUUGAUCAGUACAAGCAAGGUCAGGUCGGCUCGCCCUUCAGUUGUAUGGAUAACAGCAACACUAUUGCUGGAGGCUAG